AACAGCCUCGCAGAGCGGAGAGCCACACACUCGCUCACACACGCACGCUCACGGAACCAAGGACAAAAGUUGCAACGUACUUUCCCCUUGCAUUUUUGUCAACGAGUGUAAAGGAGGCGAUGAGGGUGCGGUUUCCUGCUCUGGGGCUGCUGGCCUGGCUCUGCUUCUGCGCUCUUGUGGGGCCCGUCGAAGGGGGAAAGGUGCUGGUUAUGCCCGUGGACGGGAGCCACUGGCUGAGCAUGAAGAUCUUGGUGCAGGAGCUGACGCACAGAGGACACCAGGUGGUGGUCCUGGUGCCUGAAAGCAGCCUGUUGAUCAAGCCCUCCGAGAGCUACCGGACCCGCCACUACAAAGUGCCGUACACCAAAGCCGAGCUGGACGGCAAAUUCGCCGAGCUCAAGGAUAGUGUUUUCGUCAAGUCGCCGGAGAUCACGGAUUUGUUUGUCAACGUGCAGCGUUUGGUCAACUUCACCAACUUCCAAGGGAAGGGCUGCAGAGCUCUGCUCAAUGAUCAGCUUCUGCUGAGUGAGCUGAAGGACGAAGGCUUCAGUCUUGUGCUGACCGACCCGUUCCUGCCAUGCGGACCCAUCCUGGCUCAAGUCUUCUCCAUCCCGGCUGUUUAUUUCCUGCGUGGGCUUCCCUGUGAACUGGACACCAAGGCCAACCAGUGCCCCUCCCCGCUGUCUUACGUCCCCAAAUUCUACUCCGGGAACAUAGAUGUCAUGACUUUCCCGCAGAGGGUGAAAAACAACAUCAUGGGCGCAGUGGAGCUCUUUGUGUGUCGUGUUUUGUACGCGGACUUCGACCAGCUGGUCAGGGACUUCGUGGACCCGGGCAUGACCUACAAGGAACUCUUGAGCCACGCUGCGAUUUGGCUCCUCAGAUACGACUUUGCGCUGGAGCGGCCCAAACCCGUGAUGCCCAACAUGGUUUUCAUUGGCGGUAUCAACUGUGCGAAGACACGGCCCCUGCCCGCGGAUCUAGAGGAGUUCGUGGAGGGUUCGGGAGAGGACGGCUUUAUUGUCUUUACCCUGGGCUCCAUGGUGUCCACCAUGCCUGUGGAGAUAGCCCAGCAGUUCUUUGAAGCCUUCGAAAGGAUUCCUCAAAGGGUUUUGUGGCGAUACACCGGAGUUAUACCCAAGCAUGUGCCGGAGAAUGUCAAACUCAUGAAGUGGCUGCCUCAGAAUGACCUCUUGGCCCACCCCAAGGCCAAAGCCUUCCUCACCCACGGAGGAACCCACGGCAUCUAUGAAGGGAUCUGCAACGCUGUGCCCAUGCUGAUGUUCCCGCUGUUCGGGGACCAGGGAGACAACGCUCUCCGCAUGGUGGCGCGCGGCAUCGCGGAGAAACUCAGCAUCAAUGACGUGACGGCAGACAAACUAGUGGCCUCUCUGAAUAAUAUCAUCAAUAAUAAAAGCUACAAAGAGAAGACGGUGAAAUUGUCUGCCGUACACCUGGACCGUCCUGUUCCGCCUUUGGACCUGGCUGUUUUCUGGACAGAGUUUGUCAUGAGACACAACGGAGCCGCGCACCUACGAGUGGCCGCGCACGACCUGAACUGGUUCCAGUACCACAGUCUGGACGUCAUCGGCUUCCUGCUCGCCGUGGUCACCUUUGCACUGUGGCUGACGCUCAGGUGCUGCCUGCUCUGCACGCGCAAGUGUUGCGGCAGAGGGACGGCCAAGAGAAAAACCGAGUAAAGACGAUAUGGGAUAUGAAGUCAUUUUAAACGGUUGGGCUGUGAAUUUGAAGGUGAUCAACUUUAUUUCUGACAAAAUUGUCCAAAUUUGAAUGUUUCAAAAGACUCAGGUGCUGUAGUAGAGAGAGGCCAUCUUGUGUGUCAAAACUUUUAACCAAGCACGCCUCUGUUGUUAUUUUUGUGCAAAAUGGGUCACACGUGCGUCGUGUGGGGUUGUAGAAAUCGAGCGAAUUCAGGACAAGGAACCACACAGUAAUGUAUAUUCCGGACCAAUGAAUGGUCUAUUUUCGAUCUUUUUUCAUAUAUAAGGCGCACCGGAUUAUAGGACUCUGUGGAGGACUCGCACUGCCGGGUUCCUCGGACCACCAAUGAUGGACAUGACAGGCUUGACGGUUUGGAGAUUUUGUUUAUUUUUCAAUAAACCUCCUUCUCUGGUCGCUUUUCA